UUGUUUGGGGGGGGUUCGGUUGCGGGGGUGGGGGGGGGGAGUUGAGGGAUUGCGGGGGACGUUGUUGUGUUUUUGUAAUUGCUUGUGCUAUGGCUUUGUCUCAGGUUAUUUCAGUAAGAACGCCCUUGAUCGUCCCUGGCACCGAGCCAAUGACUCGAUGACCGUUAUGUAUAUUUACUCCAGUAAGAACGCCCUUGAUCGUCCCUGGCACCGAGCCAAUGACUCGAUGAUCGUUAUGUAUAUUUACUCCAGUAAGAACGCCCUUGAUCGUCCCUGGCACCGAGCCAAUGACUCGAUGAUCGUUAUGUAUAUUUACUUCAGUAAGAACGCCCUUGAUCGUCCCUGGCACCGAGCCAAUGAUUCGGAUGAUCGUUAUGUAUAUUAUUAGGUCAAUAAGAACGUCCUUACUCGUGCCUGGCACCGAGCCAAUGAUUCGGAUUAUUGUUAUGUGUAUUUAUUUCAGUGAGAACGCCAUUGGUCGUCCCUGGUACCGAGCUAAUGACAUGGAUGCUAGUAACGAGAAGGCGAGAAAGGCGUACAAAGCCUUAAUGACUAUCACCAUCCGGAAACCUACGAGUCCCGAGUUCAUACAAUUCUCGGAGGAGGUGAAACGAACAGCCAGCGAAUUAUACCCGAACGUUUCCAACGGCGAUGGACAGGUAAACCGUUUCGUGGAAGCGUUUUAUGAUGGUGUUAUUCUGUACGGCCUAGCACUGAACGAAACUUUGGCGGCUAACGGGAAUGUUUCUGAUGGUUCAGCUAUCACACAGCGGAUGUGGAACAGGACUUUUGAAGGUUCAAGGGCCAUAACUCUUCAAAAAUGGGUAAAUCGCCACGAAUUUCAAACAUGAUCUACAACAGUACGAGAUAAAGAUAUACACAAUAUUUGUCCUCCAGAUCUCAAAGCAUUGUGGAAAAAGAAAAUCCAUAAAACUAUAUGUGGUUCAGACAGAUAGACAGACAGAUAGACAGACAGACAUACAGAAGGACGGAGAUGAAACUAAUAAACUAAUGUUAUAUUAACUUGUCAGUGGCAAUAUAAAACAUUGUGUGUGAUUUCUCACCAGUAUGAGUUAAUGUACAAUUUAUGCUGCUUCAAGCAAAACGUUUUGUGCACUUUUCACAUUUGAAUAAAACUAUCACCAGUAGGAGUCUGUAUAUGUUCUUUCAAAAUGGAACUUUUUGUAAAACCUUUUGUGCACACAACGCAUUGGAAGGGUUUCUCGCCAAUACGAAUAAACAUGUCUUCUUUGUUUUGUGUUUUUCAAACUAGAUUUCUGUGUAAAACAUUGUUUACAUUUCACAUUUGAAAGAUUUUUCACCGAAAUUAUAUGGGGGGUUUUUCAAAGUGUAUUUCUGUAUAAAAUGUUUUGAGCACAUAUCACAUUUGAAAGGUUUUUGCCACACAUAAAAUCUCUGUCUGGCAAGAAUCAGGAAGGAUGGAAAUGUUUUAUUUAACGACAUACUAAAUACAUUUUAUUUACGGUUAUAUGGCAUCAGACAUAUAUUAAGAGAGGAAACCUGCUGUCGCCACUUCAUGAAUCUUUUAUAU